AUGCUCACGCCCAUGGACGAACUGAUGCUCCUGACCGCCUACCAACCGCGGACGUUGGCCAUCUAUGCUGGCGACCUGACGGUGCAGAUCUGCGCGGCCCUGCGGGUCAUCAUGGAGCGGGCGACAGACUUCCUGAAGCGGCUCGCCCUCGUCCUGCAGGAGGAUUUGGAGCUGCCCACUGCGCGGCGCAAGGCCCGCGCGAGGUCGCUCGCCGCCUGCGGCGCCACGGUUUCCGAGCAUGCCAGGCGUUUGAGGCCUUGGGCGUUGAGGCCUGCCCUGGUCGACCGCUCCGCUUGUUCUCGCUGCGCCAGCGGGCAAGGCGGGUCCGCGCCAGGGUGCGGCGUUUCGGACACUUCGUGGCCUCGGCGCACAGCUUGGUCGUUUGACGCGCGCUUCACUUUUUGCACCUUUCCAGUACGGUGUGCCUACCACGGGGGCUCCGCCGACAUACUGGUCACCAUGAUGCGGCGCGUGCUCCGGCAGCAGUGGGGCCGGCUGGCCGCGGGUUGUUGGACUUGGCUGGCGGCCUGCUUCGAACCAGGGGCCCGCACCGAACCGCAGCUUGCGGCGUGGACGCAGACCCUAUUCAACUGGCCGCUAAUGGCCGUGGAUCCGAGAGUGGUCAAGUCGGACAUGCAGCGAGCGUGGCAGAGCCAGGCCCCCUCUGCACUUCUGGCCCCCAGCCAGUGGCGCAGGGUCAUGGGCCUUGCCAGGGCUGAUUGUGUCGCGUCAUCCGCCUCCGCCUGGGGCACGGACGAGGGCGUCGUGUUGGACCUACGCGCUGCGGCCCCUUCCACAGUCCAGCAGCUGGCGAGGCAGUCCGCCGUGCGCGCCAUGUGGCGGCGCUGGGCUACCACGCCCGACUCCGCGCCCGAGCUGGGCCCCCCGCUGGCGGCGCUGCUGCACAGUCCCACCGCCCGCUGGAGGCUCACAGAAUCUGGCGUCGGCGCCGUGCGGUCUCUCAUCGCGGGUGCCACCUGGUCCCAGGCUAGGUUGCACAGGUACGGCUACGGUGCUGACGGGUUGCGUGGACGAUGCUGGGCCGCGCCUGGCACAUCCGUGCGCCGAUACUGGCAGCGGCGCGAGUCGUGCCAGCCCGAGCGGGCGUUAGCCUUGGACGUGGCCCUGCUCGACGGACUGCCACACACCAUGCGGAACGACCCACGCUUGGCGCGCCUGCUGGUUCCGCUGUCCUCGCUACCCGUUUUCCCUCCCCGCGACGACAGCGGCCGCUGGCACGCGCUGCUGCCCGCCCCGGUUUUUUUUGUCACAGGCCUCAACUACACCGACGGCUAUGGCUCGAAGCGUCGGAGCCGCCCGCAGGAUGCGAGAACGGGCUGGGGCUUCGUCGUCUCCGAGAACUUCUGGGCCUUCAGCGGCUAG